CAAUCCGAUCAUUUUUCACACGGUCUCAAGCUUCAAAAAAUCAAUAUGUCCCUAGAAAAUCACCCUACCGUCAACAAAGCCUCCGUACUCCGCCCAGGAGGUUCAUUCUACUAUGAAGAUAGAGAAAUCCCUUCGCUACAAUCCGAUCGCGAUGUGAUCGUACGAGUCGUCGCUACCGGCCUCUGUGGUUCCGAUGUCCACUACUGGCAACACGGCCGCAUUGGUCGUUAUGUCGUGGAAAAUCCCAUUGUCCUCGGCCACGAGUCGACAGGGAUCGUCGUAUCCCGCGGCGACAAAGCUUCCGGCAUCGAAGUGGGCGAUCGCGUUGCGAUCGAGCCCGGAAUCGCCUGCAAUACAUGCAACCCAUGUCGCAGUGGUCGCUAUAACCUCUGCAAGGACAUGCGAUUUGCCGCGACCCCCCCGUAUGACGGAACCCUAUCGACAUAUUACCGCGUGCCGGUGGAAUGCUGCUACAAGCUGCCGGCGCACAUCUCGCUGCGCGACGGGGCGCUAGUCGAACCACUGGGCGUCGCGGUGCACGGCUGCAGACUUGCGGGCGAUCUGCAGGAUAAAUCGGUUAUUGUCUUCGGUGCCGGCCCGGUCGGACUGCUUUGCUGCGCUGUUGCGAGCGCGUUCGGUGCGUCAACGGUUGUGGCUGUGGAUAUUGUGGCUGCUCGGUUGGAGUCGGCGAGGCAGUACGGGGCUACGCAUACAUACCAAAUGAGCACAGAGAAGUCUCCCGAGCUGAACGCCGACGCGCUCGCAGCGACAGCUGGACUUAGUGAUGGCGCAGACGUCGUCCUCGAUGCUACGGGCGCUGAACCUUGCAUCCAAUGUGGUAUCCAAGCCCUGGCACAAGGCGGGACAUUCGUUCAGGUGGGACUGGGGAGGCCAAACCUGUCUCUCCCUGUUGGACAGAUCUGUGACAAGGAGGCUGUCUUCAAGGGCAGCUUCCGGUACGGUCCUGGGGAUUUCAAGCUGGCCAUCGGGCUGUUGAACUCACAGCGCAUCCGGGUCGAUGGUCUAGUCACUCACGAAUUCUCUUUCUCGCAGGUCGAGGAGGCGUUCCAGCAUGUUGCUGGCCGGGGCGGUAUUAAGAGUGUCAUCUACGGGCCGGACGUGGAUGCGGACGUCGCGAAGCAAUCUGCAUAAUUUUUCCUUUUGUUUCAUUCGGGUAAUAUACAGGGGGAUAUCAUUCUAUAAAACUGUACAUUAGAAGUCAUGACAAAAGUAAAUAAAUAAAAAUAAAAAAAAUAAAAACCGAUAAAUCGCAUCACAUCUUAACUAACUGCCCACCCCGUCCCAUGUCAUGUCCCAUAACCAGUACAUCCCACUUUCGCCAUUCCCUAGAU